AGCAACGGUAGACGCCAUAGAGAGGAAGUUACUGCCGCCAGUUUAUUCAGCGGUUACGUACGUAAAUACCGCAGGAACCGGGAAAACCAAGUUGUUGGCGUUUUCUGUUACCUGUUUCUGAUUUUCAAAAAUUAUAUUUCUAAACAAACCACCCAUCUAUGAAUCAAGAAGCAAUGUAGCACACGAAAGCCCGAAUUUAGGGAGGGUUUAAAGGAUUUAUAAGCAGGCCGAGCUUUCUCGGCUCCGAGCCCAAGACGAACAACCAGGGAUAAGCGCGAGGGCGACGCUGGCAGCUUUGUUUGAUUUUAGGCGUCGUUGAAGGCUUUGUGGGAAACAACGAAGGGGUUAUUUGACUCUCCUAAUUAUACGCUUCAUAUUAAUUUAUUGCCAUAAUGUUCUCCGACGAAACGCUGGAAACUGUGGAGGUGGAGUCCCAGUGGAGGAAAUCCAGGCGGCAGCGAUUGGAAUCGGCACUUGGCAUCAUGAGCCCUCACUGCAUGGCAUCUAAUUGUGAGUAGAAAGAAAAGCAGUCAGACACUCGAACUGAAGCUGACCGAGGCUGCAGUGCAGGCAUGUCACAUUUCUGACAUGGGUGUCCAGACAGAGCCAGCAGAAUGCCUUGUGGACAGUUUAGACCCAGAGCAGAACGCCCAGGUGGAAUAUCCAGGUCUCAGAGAAUUUUUGCAGCGAGUGUCUGGCAUGGUGAUUAAGGAGUUAAAGCAGAAUGCCAAGAGCCAUGCUUUUGAUGGGUUUGAGGUGAACUGGGUGGAGCAAAAUCAGACGGUCUCCUUCCUCCAUUCCCUGCACUACCCUGAAGCUCAGGAGCGAGGACUACAAGUCACCUACGUGUGCUGGAACUCGACUGGCUCUGUCAUUGCCAGUGCCUAUGGCCGACUAGAGGAUGGUGACUGGAGCACCGAGAAGGCCUACGUGUGUACCUGGAACCUGGACAGGCGAGGACUCAAUUCACAGCGACCUGACCUCGUCAUUGAUGUCCCCAGUUCCGUUCUUUGCCUGGCGUUCCACCCAACCCAACCAUCCCUCAUUGCUGGAGGUCUGUACAGUGGAGAGGUGCUUGUGUGGGACACCAGCCGAUCACCUGACCCCGUCCUUGCCCGAACUGGAAUGCUGGACUUGAGCCACAGGGAGCCUGUGUACCAGGUGCGUUGGCUGCCAGGGACCAAAAGGGGGGACACCUUCAGGGUGCUGAGUGCCAGUGCCGAUGGCAAGAUCCUGGUGUGGCAGGUGGAGGCCAAUGGGCGUCUGGGACUGCACAGCGGCUACGCCCUGAUCGCUCAGCAGAUUCCACGAAGCACAACGGUGGGCAAGGGACGAGGGGACACUCCGGUUGGCGUGACGGCUCUGGCGCUCUCCUUCUGGGACUCGGAUGUGUUUCUGGUUGGCGCCGAGGGAGGCCUGGUGCUCAAGUGCUCCUUCUCAGCCCACACCCCGGCAAUACUAGCUGGUAGCGAUGCCGACGUGAUGUUGAGGGCCCCGGCCCAGUUCUCCUUCUCCACGCACUCGGGUCCCAUCCAUGCCCUUGACUGCUCACCGUUUCACAGGAAUCUCUUUCUGAGUGCCGGGACGGACGGCCAUGCCCACCUGCGCUCUCUGCUGCAAGGUCCCCCGCUGCUGUCUCUGCACGUCUCCGACUCGUACCUGUUCAGCGUGCGCUGGUCUCCAACGCGGCCGCUCGUCUUUGCUGUUGGCACCGGACAAGGACUGGUGCAGAUUUUUGACCUGAGCCGAGGGACUCUAACACCCACAGCGACGAUUGAACAGAACAGCAGCGGCAGACCAGUCUACUGUAUGGAGUUUAACCCAAAGCAGAUGGAGCUGCUGGCGGCUGGUGGGGCGGAUGGCACAGUCAAAAUCUGGCACUUGAGUUCCGAGUUGACGGAGCAGAGGCCAAAGGAGACGUCACAUCUGGAGUAUCUGGCAAAUGAGGUACCAGAGUAGAAGGACCUGAGGAAAAAAUCCACGGACUGAACGAGCCUGUAUACAUGAAGCAAAUACCCCCAACUAGCAAUAAAGAGCACCGGCCUGACUUUGUUGA